GUCUACUUCGAAAAUUCUUCAAGUAACCCAUAUUUGAUACGAAGAAUAGAAGAGCUCAAUAAGACUGCCAAUGGAAAUGUGGAGGCAAAGGUGGUGUGUUUCUACAGAAGAAGAGACAUAUCGAGUACACUUAUUGUAUUGGCAGACAAACAUGCAAGAGAGAUGGAAGAAGAGAUGGAAAAUCCAGAAAUGGUUGAUUUACCAGAGAAACAGAAGCAUCAGCUACGACAUCGUGAGUUGUUUCUCUCACGACAGCUGGAAUCUCUGCCAGCCACACACAUUAGAGGCAAAUGCAGCGUUACUCUGUUAAAUGAGACAGAAUCCCUUAAAUCAUAUCUGGAACGGGAGGAUUUCUUCUUUUAUUCACUAGUAUAUGAUCCUCAACAAAAGACCCUACUCGCUGAUAAAGGAGAGAUUCGAGUUGGAAACAGAUAUCAGGCAGAUAUAACAGACCUACUAAAAGAGGGUGAGGAUGAUGGAAGAGAUCAGUCAAAACUUGAAACAAAAGUUUGGGAAGCUUUUAACCCAUUAGUAGACAAGCAGAUAGACCAGUUCCUGGUGGUAGCACGGUCUGUUGGUACGUUUGCCCGAGCACUAGAUUGCAGUAGUUCUGUCAGACAGCCAAGUUUGCACAUGAGUGCUGCAGCAGCCUCUAGGGACAUCACACUGUUCCAUGCUAUGGACACUUUGCACAAAAAUGUCUAUGACAUUUCCAAGGCAAUCUCUGCGCUUGUGCCACAAGGUGGGCCUGUCCUGUGCAGAGAUGAGAUGGAGGAGUGGUCUGCUUCAGAGGCAAACCUCUUUGAGGAAGCACUAGAAAAAUAUGGAAAAGAUUUCACUGACAUUCAGCAAGAUUUUCUCCCCUGGAAGUCCUUAACAAGCAUAAUAGAAUAUUACUAUAUGUGGAAAACUACAGACAGAUACUUUUUAAAGAAACGAUUGAAAGCAGCAGAAGCAGAAAGUAAGCUAAAACAAGUGUAUAUACCCAACUAUAACAAGCCAAACCCCAACCAGAUCAAUGUAAAUAAUGUCAAACCAGGAGUGGUAAAUGGUACUGGAGUACAGGCGCAGAACACGGGAGCAGGACGGGCCUGUGAAAGCUGUUACACCACACAGUCUUACCAGUGGUAUUCUUGGGGUCCCCCUAACAUGCAGUGUCGCCUCUGUGCAUCCUGUUGGACCUACUGGAAGAAAUACGGUGGCUUGAAAAUGCCAACACGGUUAGAUGGGGAGAGACCAGGACCAAACCGCAAUAAUUUGAGUCCUCAUGGUGUGCCAGUACGAAACAGUGGGAGUCCCAAGUUUGCUAUGAAGACACGACAAGCUUUCUAUCUCCAUACAACAAAACUGACAAGAAUUGCCAGACGUUUAUGUCGAGAUAUCUUGCGCCCUUGGCAUGCUGCAAGACACCCCUAUCUGCCUAUUAACAGCGCAGCAAUCAAAGCAGAAUGCACAGCACGUUUACCUGAGGCAUCAGAAAACCCAUUGCUACUAAAGCAAGUGGUUCGAAAGCCUUUAGAAGCAGUACUCCGGUAUUUAGAGUCUCAUCCGUGUCCUCCAAAACCAGAUCCUGCAAAGAGUUUGUCCAGUUCUCUCAACAAUCUGACUCCUGCUAAGUUUACGCCUGUCAUUAAUAAUGGGUCCCCAACUAUCCUGGGAAAAAGAAGUUAUGAACAACACAAUGGAAUGGAUGGCAACAUGAAGAAGCGCCUGUUGAUGCCUAGCAGGGGAACUUACUUAGGUCUGCCUAACCACGGACAAACCAGACAAAUGGGACCAAGCCGAAACUUGCUGCUCAAUGGGAAAUCAUACCCAACAAAAGUACGAUUAAUUCGUGGUGGAUCCAUGCCUCCGGUGAAAAGGAGGAGGAUGAACUGGAUUGAUGCACCAGACGAUGUUUUUUACAUGGCCACUGAAGAAACCAGGAAAAUCCGCAAGCUGCUUUCCUCCUCCGAAGCCAAGCGAGCCGCCAGACGCCCUUACAAGCCUAUUAUCCUCCGGCCCAUCCAGGCAGUGCAGCUACGCCAGCCCAUGAAUGAUGAACCCAUAAUCAUUGAGGAUUAA